AUGAUUGGUGCCGAGGAAGGGGGGCUUGACAAGAUGGCUGAACGUGGUGGCUCUCGGUCACGGCUCUAUUACGCUGAUGCCAAUCAAGAACUGAUUGAUAGCGGCACAGAUUACACCGACCGCAUUAACGUGGUUACAGACGAGAAAGGAACUCUACUCUCAAUCCAGGACGUCAGACUGUCUGACGAGAGGGAAUUCUACUGCCAUGUUAAUGGGCUGGCUGCUGGGAGCGGGGUGCGCAAGACACACCUCAGAGUAUUUGCUCCUCCAGAUGUUCCAGAGAUUGAGAGUGUCACUACUGGAAUAUCUGUCACUAAAGACACACCAUCUAAGGUUGCAUCAUGUGAGACACGAAACGGCUUCCCUAAACCUAACAUCACCUGGUACAGGGACGGCGAGCCACUGAUGAACGAAUCAGGACGUGUAAACAUAGUGAUCCUGAGCUCUCGGAUGUCCAGUGACCUCUACAGCGUCCAGAGCACUCUGGAAUACAAGGUGGAAAAAGAGGACAAGGAUGCCCGUUUCUCCUGUGAAGUCAGCUUCUUUGUCCCGGACGGUAUCAGGACAAUCGAGUCCCCAAGCGUCAACAUCACUGUCCACUACCCCACCACCAUGGUGGAGCUUUGGAAGGAGUCGCCCCAGGGCUUGGUCAAAGAGGGGGAUACUGUGGAGCUGCGUUGCCAGGGUGAUGGCAACCCCCCACCGCACUUCAUUUUCAACAAAGUAGAAGAGCCUGAUGUGAAUUUCGAGAGCAGUAGGGAUAUGUUGAUCCUGUCAUCAGUGUCACGGAAAGAUAGCGGCACCUACCAAUGUCACCCUCUGAAAGACGACGGCGUCAUGGAAGUCAAAGGAGAAGUGGAGCUCAAAGUGCAUUAUUUGGAUACAGCCGUUGUGGUACCAAAAGAUGAAGAGUUAAUGCACAAAGGAGAAGAUCUGACUGCAACCUGCAAUGCUCUGUCCUCCCGCUCAACAUCUACUGUCUGGUACAAGGAUGGGAAGGUGGUGGGUCGAGGGAACACGUUCCACCUGCAGAAUGCCACCUAUGAAAGAAGUGGUCCUGAACUGGUGGGUUCGGAGGAGGAGGUCCAGCUAGAUGAAGUGGAGGGCAGGGUGGUGAACCUGAGCUGUGAGGCUCUGGGCAAUCCACUGCCAAGCAUCUCCUGGAACAUCACUGGCAGCCAGAGCUGGCAUGAAGUGGAUAAAAAAACACAUAAGCACAUGACUCACAGCGUGGUAUCGGUCAAAGUCACCUCGGACAUCACCGCUGAGUGCAACGUUUCCAGUGACAGGGGCUCUGGCGUCAAGAUUUUCAAAAUCAAAGCCAUUCCCAGGGUCACCACAACUGCUCCCUUCACUCCUGAGGGCAGUGGGGUGAUCAUUGUUGUGAUCAUAGUGUGUCUGCUGCUGCUGGCCUUCCUUGGCAGUGUAAUCUACUUCCUGCACAAGAAGGGAAAAAUCCCCUGUGGACGCUCUGGCAAGCAGGAGAUCACCAAAGAGAAGACCACCAAAGAUGAGAUUGUUGUGGAGAUGAAGACCAACACAAAGAACGAGGAAGCCAUCCUCCUAAAGGCUGUCAACGGAGACAAAAAGGGCCCUAAUGACCAGCCCCUGUGAAGAUGUGCAGCAGACAGCAGGAUAAAUGAAGCCGGCAGUGGGUGUGUGUUGGAACAGCAGAGGCAGGAGACGCUCCCACUGACCUGAUACCUGCAGAGUAACACCACCUCACAGUCUGGACGUUCGACCCACCGUGCUUUGUUCACAGCAGUAUUCAGAUGAUCGACACAGAACCGCAACCAUACACGCACAUUACACUCACACACGCACACACAUUAGCACACACAGGUAUGUACAUAGAGAUCUGUAUUUUCUUUUGAGUGAAUGUUUUCUUCCAUUCAUUAGUUCUUGUACUACUUCCUGAAACUGUGUUCAGCUCUUGGCUGUUGUUCAGUGUGUAUGAUGGCGUCUUACGUGCAUCAUGUUAUUUUAUUUUUUGUUUUUAUCAAAGUGUAUAUAUUAUAUAUAUUUUGUUAUUUAAGGAAUUUGGCACUCAGAUUUUCAUUUCACGGCAGCGUCUGGGUCUUGUGCAUGUUGAUCCGUGUUCAUGGUUCCAGGUGAUGUUUAAGGCAGGACGUGUUGUCAGAGACCAAAUGAUACAGUCAUACUGAGAGGUUUGUCAGUGUGUUUGAAUUUAAGAAAAAGACGAGUAAUUUCAGCUCGAAUCGAUGAUCAUCAGUAGGUUUAUCCCAACACUAAUUUGAGCCACAAAACGACGCAACACACUGGCAGCUUCUUUGGAAACUGCUGUCAAGCCCGUGUACUGUUUGUAAAUACAUGUUUGUACAGACUUGCUAGUGGUGGCCUUGAACUAUUACUGAAGGUGAAAAGGUCAAAGGUUAGAGAUCUGCUGUGCCUAUGUUUUUGAGAAUGCAUCAUACACUGAAUUUGUUUGUUUGCUGUUUGCUUUGUGUUUCCACUGAGAGCUAGUUGCCUGAAAAGGUGUCCCAGUGUUUUUGCAUGUUUGAGUCCAGACAACACACAUGCUGCAGAUACUGUUUUCCAGUCUGGCUGCAGGCUUUGUGCUUUUUUUCCUCCCUCAGGCAGCCACACUAUUUGUUUUUGUAGACUUUGAGAAAUUAUAUGCGAAGACCUGAGAUUUGAACAUUUAGUUUUCUGGUCAAAGGAACAGCAUUGUGCCAGACCGAUUAAAACAAUCUUGGCUUGGCAUUACCAUUAAACUAUCACAAACCUUCAACAAAAAUAAAUCACAGACAUUAAGAUUUCUGUUAUGGACUGCCAAACUAAAGCAAGUGCUUUUUUUCAAACCUUGAAAUAUCAGUCUAGUCAUUUUGGAGGCUUGAACAAUCUUCAGCAAACCCAGAAGUCUGAAAACUAAACAUUACUGAUUUUCUUAACAUAUUUGGAAGACUCUUCUCACAGUGUUUAAAAAACAAUAUCCAGAAAUGAUGAGUUGGUUCUCCUCGACUCAUUUGUACAAUGUAAACAAGAAUUUAUGCCUCCAUUCUUCUGUAUUGGAGGCAGGCUUCUGUACACGUUGAUUUGUUUCUUAAAAAAUAUCUUCAAAGCUUUUUGAAACACCUUCAACGAUUUAUAUUUCAGUAAGUGCUCAACUCUGUUACUCCCAUGUAAUUAUAGUACAUGAGGCAGAAACUGUGGCUAACCUUAAACACUGUACAAAUGCAGUCCGGCUGCCUGAUGAGGGAAAAGAGGCAAAAAUAUUGGUGCGCUCCUUUUUUUAGCCCAGUGUUGUGAAUAUUGCUCACUGUGUACAUCAUUGUGAAAAAGAUACACUUUGUUGCUGAGAGCGCUACAUUGCCCCGAUGACUUGCAACAUUAACAAAGUAGUGAUGUGUUUUCUGUUAUCUGCUUUUGGUUUGUGUCUUUUUUUUUUGUUCCACUGAGCUGAAGUUGGAAGAAAUAUCCAGGUACAGGUUGUCCUCAGGCAAUAACUGUCAUUAUGGUUUAGAAAAGCUGCACGAAGCCAUAACACCGACAGUGUCCUGUGUGCAGUGAAACAUUUCUGAUUCUUUGUUUUGUUGCUCUGGAUUUUUUUCACUGGUGGGGAAAAAAAAUGUUGUGUUCUUUCUUUUUCUCUACGUGUGUGUAAAUUGAGUACUGUACAUGUGAUUCUUUGAGCUUGCAUUUUUUUAUAUUUUUCGCAAGAAAAUAAAG